UCACCUGUCCUGAUUUCACGUGUUGUUCUGAAUCGACCUCCUAAUAUUCCCGUCCUUGGUUCGUUCUCGUGGUUUAUCUCCUUGGCUGCGGCCUUUGUUUUCUCAUCCGACGCUGCCACAAUGAAGGAGUCCAAUGCAGAGAAAUAUACAAGCUCCCGCGAAGCGGUUACCGCCGAGCUUGGUAGCAUCCGGAAUGUCGACUCCGAAGACGAAAUGGGCCACCUGCAUCGGAGGCUCAACAAUCGCCAAAUCCAGCUGAUCGCAGCAGGCGGAUCAAUUGGAACGGCCCUCUUCAUCAGCAUCGGCGGCGGCCUCGCCAAAGGUGGUCCCGGCAGCUUGCUGAUCGCUUAUACCGUCUAUACCCUCAUUCUUGCCCUCGUCAACAAUUCUGUUGCCGAGAUGAAUACGUAUAUGCCCGUCGCCGGCGGCUUCGUUCGUCUAGCUGGCUACUGGGUCGAUGACGCGCUUGGUUUCCUAGCCGGAUGGAACUUUUUCCUCUACGAAGCCAUUUUGAUCCCUUUUGAGAUUACUGCUCUCAAUAUCGUCAUUUCGUUUUGGAGCGACGAGGUCGUGAAACCAGGCCCGACAGCUGGCAUUUGUGCUGCCGUGAUUGUUCUUUAUGGGUUGAUCAAUGUCCUCGCGGUUCGAGGUUAUGGCGAAGCCGAAUUCUGGCUUUCCGGAGGGAAGCUGAUCUUGAUCUUCAUGCUUUUCGCAUUCACAUUUGUGACCAUGGUCGGCGGCAAUCCUCAACGGGAUGCGUACGGCUUCCGCCACUUUACGAACCCCGGCGCGUUUGCGACAUAUCUAUCGGGCGGCGACCUUGGUCGUUUCGAAGGGUUUCUUGCCGCUCUUUUCAGCGCCUCCUUCACCGUUGUCGGUCCUGAGUAUAUCUCCAUGGUAUCUGCUGAAGCCCAACGCCCCACCAUCUACAUCAAAUCAGCUUUCAUUACUGUGUAUUACCGAUUUUGUAUUUUCUUCAUCAUCGGCGCAUUAGCUGUCGGCAUCGUAGUUCCGUAUAACCACCCGACCCUAGUCAACCUCUACUUUGGUGAUGGUGGUGGCGGUACUGCUGCGGCCUCUCCCUACGUGAUCGCCAUGGAGACCCUGGGCAUUGGUGUGCUUCCUCACAUCGUCAACGCCCUGAUCCUGACGUCUAUUUUCUCGGCUGGCAAUACCUACACCUACUGUGCCACUCGAGCGCUCUAUUCACUAUCGCUCGAAGGACGAGCCCCUCGUUUCCUGCGCCGCUGCAACAAGAAUGGAACUCCUAUAUACUGUUUUGCUAUUGUUAUGCUGUUCCCGAUGCUAUCUUUCCUACAAGUCAGCAGCAGCUCUGCUGUUGUCAUUACAUGGCUCACUGCGCUUAUUACUGGAGGUGGCCUGAUCAGCUUCAUCAUAAUGUCGAUCACGUUCAUCAAUUAUCACAGGGCAUGUGUCGCUCAGGGAGUUGAUCGCAAAACCCGACCAUACUAUGGAUACUUCCAACCUUACGGCGCAUAUAUUGCAUUGGGCUGUCAGCUACUCAUUCUCUUGGUGUAUGGUUAUUACGCAUUUCGUCCAUGGUCUGUAGAGCUCUUCUUCCAGAGCUACACUAUGCAGAUCCUGGCUGUCGUUCUCUUUUGUGGAUGGAAGUUGCUCAAAAAAACCAGAUACAUAAGGCCCCAUGAGGUUGAUCUUGUUUGGGAGCGGCCUCUGAUCGAAGCCUAUGAAGACUCGUUAGUUGAUCCACCAGUCGGUUUUUGGACUGAGAUGGCCCAAAUGGUUGGAUUCAAAAGGAACAAGGCAGGCUCUUAUUGA